AUUUAUGUAAUUUAUAUGAUGGAUCGAGCGUUGAUCGACUUCACCGCCGCAUGAAAUCGAGUCUGUCAUCUGCCGGCAAAAUACAUCCACACCGCCUCCGGGUUUCCAAUGCUUCUGGACAACUGGUCGCAGCUCGUCAAUAAUUCACUGGCCCAAAACAGUCCUCUUAUCUCAAGUUAAACAAACCUGUUCUCCUCUGUUCGAUCCGGGACGAAAAGGCUACAAGAGCAUAGAGGUCAGGGGUCCGCAACGUGAGAAUAUCAGUUGAAACAAAAACGCCUAGAAGAAUCACAUCAAAAGAAACUCAGAACUACAAUUUAUCUAAAAUAGCCAAAAAAAAAGGCCAAACCACAACAACAACAACCAUGGCCGCCAUCGACGCCCUCGACUCCUUCACCCAAUACCCUCUCCAAAUGGACCCAUCCAGUAAAGCCAUCUCCCUCGCCACAACGUCCGGCCAAACGCCAUCACAAACGAAAUCCCUCCAAGAAGAGCUCCAAUCUCUAAAUACACUCCACCGCUCUCUCAUCUCUCUCGACCCUCCGAACAUCCCUCCGCCCCCUCUCCCCAUCAACCCGAAGCGCAGCGCCCAGAUCACCAAGCUUCGCGAUACCGCCAACACAGCCUACCGUAAGGGAAACUACGGCGAAGCCAUCAAGCUGUACAGCCUCUCGAUCGACAUGGCCAUGGGUCGACCGGGCUGGGAGCCUGUGUCGCUCGUCCGGGACGAGUUGUCGGGUCUGUUUGCGAAUCGUGCGCAGGCGCAUAUGGCGGAGCAGAAGUGGCCUGAGGGAUGGGUGGAUGCGAAGUCAAGCGUGGAGUGUAAGCCCAUUGCGAAUGCGAAGGGUUGGUGGCGCGGUGGGAAAUGUUUAAGUGAGAUGGGGAGAUGGGAAGAGGCGAAGGAGUGGGUGGAACGGGCGUUGGAGAUUGAAGGGAAGAAUGGAGAGAGUGGGAAAGAGUUGGUUGCGCUGAUGGUUGAUAUUGAUGAUGCUUUGAAGAGGGUGGCGUGAGAGAUUAAAAUUCGAUUGUAGGGGUUUUCUUUUUUUUUAAUCGUUGGGGGAAUGUGCCUUCUGCCUUUCUUUCUAUGUCUGUUUGCAUUAUGGGAUUGUUGUUCGUUACUGCUAGCAUACCCGUUGUUAUCUUUGAUUAUUAUCACGACUUGCUUGAGCGUCGAUUAUUGAGAUCGGCAAGAAGAAGGGGGUCUCGAAUGAUGGGGUCUCUUAUGCUGUAUUGUUCUCUUCCUCGCAGGGCGUUUUAGGGGCAUAGAAGGAAUAAUAUACUAUAUUAUAAUCUUUUGUCCGGCAGUAUAUGAUCCUCUAUUUGAUCGCGGUGUGGAAAUAUCAGAGUCUCAGUGAAAC